GCCUGCUUUAAAAAGUCAACGGGUAGAGACUUCUCUCUGCCUCCAAAGAUGAGCUGCACUUGUUCCGGAAUCUGAUUCGCCAAGGAGGCUGCGGACGCCCCGCCCCCCGGCUCGGCCGCCGCCCCUGAUUGGUCCUUCCCGUCGCCCGUCUUGGGGACAUAGAGAGAGGCACGAGUUGGCCUGUAAGCCUGCGCUGGCUGCUUCUCAGUGUCGGACACGUAGUGGGAAAGAGCAGGUCCCGAUGCACAAGUCACGGCAGCCCUGGGCGGAGAUGAAGGCGGACUCCGACUGGCUCUGAUUUUUCAAAGCCCUUUUCAUUCAGGAGCUUGCUUGCCCAGACAGUCAUCGAUAUGGCAGAUCCAUUAUCCCCGGGACCCAACAUUGCAAAAAUGGCGUCACUUAGCCGGGUCCGAGCUUUGGCGAUGAUUUUCUUAACUGUCACUGGCUGCUGUGUCACCCCGACAAGUGGCAAGGAGGGCUCCGAGGAGACCGUCAUCAUCGGGCUCCGGCUGGAGGACACGGACGACAUUUCCUUCAUGGAUAAAGGCUACCUGCGGGUGAGCGAGCGGUCUCGGGUGAAACUGAGGGUCUACGGGCAGAACAUCAACAACGAGACCUGGUCCAAGAUUGCCUUCACGGAACACGAGCGGAGCCGGGCGGUGGGGGGCUUUGACAGCUCCUCGGGUGAUAACCAGAGCCGGGAGGACUCGUCCGGCUCGCAUCCUUGCGGAAUUAGGACUUCGGAUAUAAUUAUAUUACCCAACAUCAUAUUGAAUCGGAAAACAUCCGGAGUAGUCGAGAUUGAGGUCAAGCCCCUGCGGAAGACCGAGAGGAGUAAAGCGUACUACCUUUGCAUCGCCACCUCCACGCCGGUGGUGGCCGGGUUGCACGACCCGUGGACGGAGAACACCUGGAUCUACCACGACGGGGACGACACCAAAGUGAUCGUGGUGGAGGAGAAAAAGUUCCUGCUGCCUUUCUGGCUCCAGGUCAUCUUCAUCUCCAUGCUGCUGUGCCUGUCCGGCAUGUUCAGCGGCUUGAACCUGGGGCUCAUGGCUCUGGACCCCAUGGAGCUUCAGAUCGUCCAGAACUGCGGCACGGAGAGGGAGAAGAACUACGCCAAGAAGAUCGAGCCGGUCCGGAGCCAGGGGAACUACCUGCUCUGCUCGCUCCUGCUCGGGAACGUGUUGGUGAACACCACGCUGACCAUCCUCUUGGACGACAUCGCCGGCUCUGGGCUCAUCGCGGUGGUCAUGUCCACCAUCGGGAUCGUUAUCUUUGGUGAAAUCGUGCCGCAGGCCAUCUGCUCCAGACACGGCCUGGCCGUGGGGGCAAACACCAUCUUCCUCACCAAGUUCUUCAUGCUGCUCACCUUCCCCGCGUCCUACCCGGUGAGCAAGCUGCUGGAUUACCUGCUCGGACAGGAGAUCGGCACCGUGUACAACAGGGAGAAGCUGCUGGAGAUGCUGCGCGUCACGGACCCCUACAACGACCUGGUGAAGGAGGAGCUGAACAUCAUCCAGGGCGCGCUUGAACUCCGGACUAAAACCGUGGAGGACGUCAUGACGCCGCUGAGAGAUUGCUUCAUGAUGCCAGGGGACACGAUCCUGGACUUCAACACCAUGGCCGAGAUCAUGAGGAGCGGCUACACGCGCAUCCCGGUAUUCGAGGGGGAGAGGUCAAAUAUAGUGGAUCUGCUGUUUGUCAAGGACCUGGCCUUCGUUGACCCGGAUGAUUGCACGCCGCUCAAAACCAUCACAAAGUUUUACAGCCACUCGCUGCAUUUUGUCUUUAAUGACACCAAGCUGGAUGCGAUGCUGGAGGAGUUUAAAAAAGGAACAUCCCACCUGGCCAUAGUUCAGAGGGUGAACAAUGAAGGCGAGGGAGACCCCUUCUAUGAGGUUCUGGGAAUUGUCACCUUGGAGGACGUUAUUGAAGAAAUAAUCAAGUCAGAGAUCCUGGAUGAGACUGACUUAUACACCGACAACAAGACGAAGAAGAAAAUCACCCAUCGGGACAGGAAGCAGGACUUCUCGGCCUUCAAGCCCACCGACAAUGAAAUGAAGGUUAAAAUAUCACCUCAGCUUCUGCUGGCUGCCCUGCGUUUCCUAGCUACAGAGCUGGAGCCGUUCUUUCCGGCGCAGAUGUCAGAAAAGAUCCUGCUGCGAUUACUGAAACUCCCCAACGUCAUCCAGGAGCUGAAAUAUGACGCGAAUAACAAGCGGGCAGCAGAGCACUACCUCUACCACAGGAACAAGCCUGUGGAUUAUUUCAUCCUGAUCCUGCAGGGGAAAGUGGAAGUGGAGGCAGGAAAAGAGGAGAUGAAGUUUGAAGCAGGACCAUUCUCCUUCUACGGGAUGAUGGCUCUGACAGCGCCACCUGUGCCGCUGUCUCUGUCUCGUACAUUCACCGUCAGUAGGGCAGAAUCAUUAGCGGAAUCUCCAGAGAACAAGUCUCCUCCGCGCUCAUUUGGCCUGAACCACUCAGACUCUCUGAACAGGAGUGAUCGCAUUGAGGCCAUCACACCGACGCUGGGCAACAGCAACAACCAGCUCAACUCCUUGCUUCAUAUGUACGUCCCCGAUUAUUCUGUCAGAGCGAGGUCGGACCUGCGGUACAUCAAGGUAACGCGCCAGCAGUACCACAAUGCCGUGAUGGCGUCACGGAUGGACAAGACCCCCCAGUCCACAGACAGUGAGCUCACCAAGAUCGAGCUCACGCUGACGGAGUUCCACGACGGCGUGGAGAUCCCGGCCAUCGUCACCACCACGGCCAGCACCACGAGCACCUCCCCCGCUGUGGCCGUCGCCACGGCCAAUGAGACGUCCCACCUGCUGAACCAGCAGCAGAACUGUGUGGGCCUGAGCCGGAGCAACCACAGCGCCCACAACGAGGGACGCAUGUAGCCCUCAACCUCCCGCUCCGGCCGGUGGAGGCCCUCCACCUUGUCCCCUGGACACGCCUGGAGCAGUGGCGUUAGCUGAAGAGGGAAGGUGGGCGGAGUCAGGGUUCUGCUCCAACCUGAAGCCCCAGUUCAGUCAGUGAGACCUUUCCACUGUAGGGGUCGAAGGCAGCAGCGGGGGACGAUGGGUCGCCAGAAACCCCCCCCGCUGCACUGACAGGACCAGUGAAACCAGUUUUUCAACGGAGGACGACGGAGUGCAGGUCCGCUGGCAACAUAAUGCAAAGCUCGCUGGACUUUCUCCUCAGGCCAAAGACUUUGGUCCCGCCCCCAUCCCGCCAUCCUCCUCCGUCUCGUCCCACUGAAACAAACCCUCCGCUCUGGUGCUUCCUGCAGGGAGGCUCAGGCGACUGCUGGUCCAAUCAGACUCACACACAGAGCGACGGUUCGUCACAGACUGCACCAAAAUAAACCGCUAAACCGAGAACCAAGAAUGUUUUUUUUUCUUGUAUUUAUUUAUUUUAUAAUAUUGUUUGUAUAUAUAUGUACACGUGGAGAAGUGAAAAAUAAACUAAGAGCAUGCAUCCCCAGAACAUGCUACAUAUAUGAACACCCACUCAUGUACAUGAGGAGGUGAGAGUCUUUUACAGAAACACUAUUAGAUCUUAUUAUUUUUACUAUUAUCCUAAAUCAGGCUUACAGUAUCUUUUUCACCUUUUGAAAGGAAAAAAAAAUAAUCACACUAUUGCCUUGGAGAGAAAUUCUAUAAUUAGUUACUUUAACAAAGUGCAAUGAACAAUGAUUUAUUUAAGAUAUGAUUAUAAAAGAAUAUAAUUCAGUGUAUUCUAAGUUGGCAGAUGUAUUUGUAUGUUUGUGCUGUGUGUAUAUUUUUGUUUUUGAGACGUGCUCGCCUGCGUCUCUUCCUCUUUGUCUCCGUCGCAUUUUUGACCUCAAGUGAGGCCUUCACCAGUUACUGCAGCGUAGUUUGGGUGGGGAGGGAGUGAAAGUGCCAACCAACAAAGGUAUCUAUGCAUGUGAGGUUGAAGUGUUUUUAUGCCUUUAGUUCAAUCAAAUGAGAACUGCACAAUAUUAAUGACCUCGUCCUAACACGUCAGAAAGAGCAACCUCGACUUUAAAUGAUGCACAGCUAAUGCUUCUCCACUGUUUUGCUUAUAAAUGUGUCUGUUUUUUUGUUUUUUUGGGGGGGUUUUUUGUUAGUUGAUUUGGACACCAGGCUGUCUCAUUGUUUUGGCUUCCCUUGCAGAUUGUAGUUAAUAACCCAAGCUUAAUAGUUAUUGAGUCGAUCCGAUUUUAAGAUGUUCUUCAACAAUGCUGGCUGCUAUUAAAGAGACAUAUUUAUACAUCGUUCUGAUUUUUACUGAUUGUGUUUAACUUGCAUGAUUGAAACCUAUUUUAAAGGAUAUUCCAGGGAUGGGCAAUUUGAUUAGAGGAUUAUUUUGUAAGUAUUGGCUCCCAACCUCUUGUAAUAACUUAGGUAAAUAAUAACACAAGUCGAAAAGUGUCGGCACAACAACAAACCCGUUCCUGAAGAUGUCUAAAAUAAUUCAGAUUAUUUAGAUUUUCUUAGAAAAUUUAAGAGAUUUUUUAGUUAAGGGUGAAGAUGUGCUAUAAUCAACAAUUCUGCAUGUUUGAGCCUUUUAACAUUGACUGGUGUGAACAUGGGAAGUGACAGAAAAGCAACAAAAUAACUAAAACUGAAUCUCCUCUUGUUCCUGUCUAGCAUUAAGCACAACUAUUAGUGAUCAUGUUGCUUUAAUUCUUAUCGAUAACACUCAUGAUGAAAACUUUUUCAGCCAAGAAUUAGCUUGUUGAAAGCUAAUGAAUUCCUAAUAGCUAUCUUUAGCUAGCUGUGCUAAGGUCCCUUUCUUCCAGAGUCUGUGAACUGUCCAUUUUUAUUUAUUAAGUAACUGUAACUGUUGCAAACUUCAUCUUUAAAGUCAUCCUAAAGCAGCUUCACGGUGUAAAUGCUAGCUUUCUGGCUACAACACCAGAUUUUAAUACCUGCAGCAAACAUCUUCAAAUCCCGUAUGAAAAGUCUGUCAAGCAUUUGGUAGAAUUACAUCUUUCUGUAUGGCUUGUAGAGACUUUAUAUGAGCAUCAAAACGUAGAUGCUAUAAAUGCAUCAGUCAGAGUUUUAUUGAUGAAAAUCUUUUAAGCUUUUAAUUCUCUACAUCAGUCGACAUGAGAGACAUCAGCAUCUGCUAACAUAGUGGAAACAAACACACACACAAGGUAGAUAAAAACUAGAAUAAAAGCAACAUUUCGGGUUUAAUAUGUUUGGAAUCCACCUUUGGACAGAUAUUAAGUCUUUGCCUAUCCCUGGGAUGUUCAGAGAAUUUGUUUUAUUGGAAAAUAUUUACUGGGUUACUUGUUGACAGCUGCUUUAGACAGAACAGUAGUUCCUCUUGGAGGAGAGGCAGGACGAGAAUGAACCAAGAUUAAAUAUUUAUAUUGUACAAAAAGUUGCAUUGUUUAUUUGUUUCAGACAAAAAAACAAAACAAAAACAUCUUCCCAUCUAGCUUAACAAGCAGUUCUGUUCAUGUUUCCCAACAUCUUCUUUAAGAGUAUAUUUGUUUUUGUAGUCUCUUGCCAUGUUUUUUUUUUUUUUUUUGUACUUUACCUCACAGGAAAGAGUUUUAAUGCACUGUGUGCUGGGAAGUAAAAUAACUCUGUGCAGAUAUUAAUGAAAAUAGGAGUUUCCACGCCUGUCCAUUCACAUGUUUUUUGUGUGUGUUUUUCUUAUUUUAUGGCAACAUGAAAAUGUCUCUGACGGCUGAAUUAGUCUCUUUAAAAUGUAAUUCCCGAUAGUAACCACUUGUUGUCGCUGUUUCUCCGUGUUUUUAUAUGAGUGCUUGAUUUGAGUGUGUGAGAAAUCCUGGGAAAUGAGACAAAAUAGUCCACCCAUCGGUUCCGCCACGAAAGGGCGUCCCCUCCAGUUUCGUAACCACACACGGAUCGCGUCUGCUAAGUUUGCAGCUGUGCUCGCUGUUUUUUUUGUGUUUUUUUUUUUGUUGUUUGUUUGUUUUUUACUAUUAUUAUUGCUGUUUACAUGAAAGUGCUCUUACGCAGCAAUCCCACCCUGCUCUGCCGGAACAGUCGCUCCCCUGAGAUAAAACAAUGUUUGACUGCAACAUUUAAACAAGGCUGUGGGUGCCAGUGUCUAACAAAAGAAGCAGCGCAGCAGUUCAAAAAGACAAAUAUAUUAUUUUUAUUUUUUUUUAUGAACGUACAACAGAAAACAGUGUUGGGGCGUCAGCUGUGACGGGGUUUAUAUUAAUACUCCGUAAAGUAGAAAACAUGCAUUCUCCUUUGUUUUAAGCUAACAACUCCAUCCUUUGUGUGAAUGCUGUGAAGGUGUGUUUUUACCUGCUCUGAUUCUUCUACCUGAACACAACAUUCCUGUUGCCUCUUUCAGCUGGUGGUUUAAUAAAAAAGUGAA